CUUGAAAAACUGAGUUCUCUUAUAAGACUGGGAGAGAAGCAACAGUCGGGAUACUGAUUCUGCUCCUCCGAGUGUCCAGCAAUGUUCGGUCCCCUGCUAAGACCAGCUGGAGGUGGGGUGAGUAGAAACAGGGUCUUCCUUUCCAUUUCGCCACAGCACUUAUCUUGCACAGACAUUCUGGUUUCAGACGGGCAUCGGGGCCCAGAUCUCAGCUCGGGAGAGACAUCCCUGACCCCCGCCCCCACCAGUCAGUCCUCGGGAGCAGAAAAGCGAUUCCCACCCCUUCCACGCCCCUGCCCCACCUCUUGUCCCCCUUUUCAACCCCCUCUUCCUUGCCCGGUGUGGUUUGCUCCGCGGAGGACAGAUAAAUAGUCGUGUCAAAAGGCAGAGCUCGCGGCCGUGCGUGCGGAGCCUGGAUCCUGGCGCCAGUGGCUGGGCUCCCUCCCCGGGGUCAGCGCCGGGGUGCGCGCGCUCACCGCCCACCGCGCUCUCCGGCCGCCGCCUCCGCCGGCGCUUCCCGGCCCCAGUCUGCAGUUCUCUGGGAGCUGUCCCUGGCCCCCGCCCCCGCCUCCGCCGGGGAGGGGAAGGCGGAGACCGUGGGAGACUGGCCAGGGCGGAGGAAGGCGGACGCGCGUGGGCGCGGGGGACGAGGAGAUGUCCACGGGCUCGGUGAGUGACCCCGAGGAGAUGGAGCUGCGGGGGCUGCAGCGAGGGUACCCGGUCCCCGCCUCCUCCAAGAAGCAGCCCCUCCGCGGCGCAGAGCGCAGCUACGCCUCGCCCAGUGACAACUCGUCGGCAGAGGAGGAGGACCCCGACGGCGAGGAGGAGCGGUGCGCCCUGGGCGCGACCCGCGAAGUUGGAGGCUGCAAGAAGAAGCGGCCUCGUGUGGCGGGGGGCGGCUGCCCAGGUGGCGGGGCCGGUGGCUGCAGUAAGAAGCCUCUCCCGCCCAAAGGCUCGGCAGCCGAGUGCAAGCAGUCACAGCGGAACGCGGCUAACGCCCGCGAGCGCGCCCGGAUGCGUGUGCUGAGCAAAGCCUUCUCCAGGCUGAAGACCAGCCUGCCCUGGGUACCCCCCGACACCAAGCUGUCUAAACUGGACACGCUGCGGCUGGCUUCCAGUUACAUCGCGCACCUGCGGCAGCUGCUGCAGGAGGACCGCUACGAAAACGGCUACGUGCACCCAGUGAACCUGACGUGGCCAUUCGUGGUCUCUGGAAGACCCGACUCUGACACCAAAGACGUUUCUGCAGCGAGCAGAUUAUGUGGAACCACCGCGUAGACAGGACUCCAACUCACUUGAUGGGAUUGUUAACUCAAAGUGUUUGAGAACCACGGAGAACAUGAACACCAGAGGAUGGGUUGAAGGUCUUCCCUCUUCCCUGGACCUGAGAACUGGACAGUGGAAGUGCCCUGGUCCAGGCCACAACGCUGGAAAGAGUCUCCUUUUGUGUGGAGAGCAGCGUGAACCCAGGUUGGCCCCGAGUCUUAAAGCUGUACCCCAGACUACCAUCUGAGCCCAGAGCCACAGGACUUAGGCCCAAGGGUUAGGGUUACUUUCCACCGGGUCAGAUUUAUCCUGUGCAUCCUGGCAGAUUUCCGCACAGCCCGGGGCCUCAAGGCUUUAGAAAAUAAGAGUUCAUUAUGGAGCUUCCUAAAAGACAGCAUCUUGAUGUGAGGUACACUUGGGGAUGUUUAUCAAGAAAGACCAGUGGCAUAUCUGGCCAGUUGUCCAUCCCCCAGGCAGCUCUCUGCAAGCUGACCGCCCAGGCGGGGCAGAUAAAGUGUAAUUCAGACUCAGCCCAGGCUGGUCUGCCAGGCCUGUGAGCCUUUCUGCUCUAAGGCUGCAGUCUGACCGGCCAGCCACUCUCCUAACGCUGGCGUCUCCUGUCCAAGCUCCCUCCUCCCUCUCAUCGAGGCCGGCCCACCGGUUUCUCUCCUAGGCUCCCUCCACCCUCCACUCGCUGAGACAGAGGCAGCUCCUCUCUCAGGGGCCUCUCUCCCGUCCAGCUCAGGCUGCUAACUGCAUGCAGUUCCCUCUUUCCACAUUCCAGAUUUUCCUCAACAAGCUUUCUCCCUCCAAGCUCUAGUCACUCCUUCCCCAGCACAGCCUUCUGCACCCACUUUCUUUCUGGCGCUCCAAUUUUUCCCUGCGCGGCAGGCAGGCGCACUACAGGCGGCUGGAGCUAUUGGCUGUCCGGUGACCUCGCACACUUAGGAGCCACACUGCCGCUGAGGCUGCACUUCCAUAGGAAUUAACAUAUGUAAAUAAAUUUAUUUUUUUUAUGAACAAUAAAACUCGUGGUGAAGACUGUAUGUCCA